GAGGAAAAACAGUGAGAAAAAAUUGUUCUCACUAAGGGCAUCGCUGGCAUUGGAAAAACUGUCUCUGUGCACAAGUUCAUCCUGGACUGGGCAGAAGGAAAAGCCAAUCAAGAUAUACAGUGUGUGUUCCUGCUUCCAUUCAGAGAGAUUACCUUAAUGACAAAUGAAGAUUUCAGUCUCCAUGAGCUUCUGCUAGAAUUUUAUCCUGAACUGAAGGACCUGGAGAAAUCAAAGCUAUAUAAGGGAUGUAGGCUAGCAUUUAUAUUUGAUGGACUUGAUGAGAGUCGCCUGUCUCUAAAUUUUAAUAGUAGAUCACUGAACACUGUUGAGAAAAAGCAUCUGUGGCUGUGCUCUUUACAAGUCUGGUCAAAGGGACUCUGCUUCCAUCAGCUAUUGUCUGGGUAACAUCGCGACCAGCAGCAGCCAAUCAGAUUCCUCCUCGGUAUGUGGGUUUGUUCACAGAGGUGCGAGGAUUCACUGACCAACAGAAGGAGGAGUACUUCAGAAAGAGAUUCACAGAUGAGAGUCUGUCCUCCAGAAUCAUCUCACACAUUAAGACGUCUCGUAGUCUCUACAUCAUGUGCCACAUUCCUGUGUUCUGCUGGAUCACAGCCACAGUACUUCAGGAUAUUCUCACUGAGAACAAUGAAGAGAACACAACACUCACUGAAAUGUACAUUCACUUCCUGCUUAUACAGAUGGACAUGAAGAGCCAGAAAUAUGAUGAUCAACAAGAAAGAGAAUGUUCAGAGCACUUACUUUUAAAUAAAGAGAUUAUUUUAAUGUUAGCCAAGUUAGCGUUUGAACAGCUGAAGAAGGAAAACAUUGUGUUCGAUAAGAAAGAUUUAAAAGAAUGUGGUAUUGAUGUGAGUAAAGACACUGAGUUCACAGGAAUGAUCGCUGAGAUCUUCAGAAGGAACAAAGACUUCAUGGAGCAAAGGUCUUCAGCUUUGUGCAUCUGAGUGUUCAGAGUUUCUUGCUGCAGUGCAUGUGUUCACCUGUUACCUAAACAAGAACAUGCAGGAGCUUCAGUUUUUCUUUGAUGAGCCAAAAGAAAAUGUCACAUUGGAGGAGUUACUGCAGAAAGCCAUUGAAAAAGCCAUGGAGAGUCACAGAGGACAUCUGGAUUUGUUCCUGCGGUUUCUGAUGGGAAUUUCACUGGAAUCCAGUCAAAAUCUGCUCAAAGGCCUGAUCACACACCCUGAAGACACCACAGAGAGCAUCAAAGAAGUAACUAAAUGUAUUAAACAAAAACAAAACACAUACUUUAUCUCAGAUGAAGCUCUAGUCAACUUAUUCUACUGCUUACUUGAACUCAAGGAUAAUUCAUUAUAUGAGGAAAUACAGAGUUACCUCAGUUCAAAUGAACAUCCAGGAAGAGAUCUCUCAUCUUCAAUGUGCACAGUGUUGACCUCAGUACUGCUGAUGUCAGAGAAGGUUCUAGAUGAGUUCAACCCAAAGAGGUUCACAUCAGAACAAUCAGACUACAAGAGACUCAUUCCAGCUGUGAGAUGCUGCAGAAAAGCUCUAUUUGACGGCUGUGGUUUUGAUGAAACAUGCUGUGAAACUCUGUCCUCUGCUCUACAAUCAUCAAACCAUCUGACAGAGCUGAACCUGAGGACCAAUCAUCUGCAGGAUUCAGGAGUGAAGCUGCUUUCUGAUGGACUGAAGAGUUCACACUGUCGUUUAAACAUACUGAGGUUUGACAAUCACACACGUUUGAAACUUAAUAUGUUCAAACAUGUUAAUAAAUAGGUGUUUCAUUGUUAUAGGUAGCAGAUAUUUCAGUAUGAUUGUAUCAGUGUUAUUUUAUCUAGUCAAAAAAACAAAAACAGAGAAUUUUGUAAUACCGUUUUCCACUUAUGAGCUUAAAUAAGACCUCAAUGACUUUUAAUAGUUUAUUUAAAAAAUGUUAUGUGUAGGGACCCCAAGAAAUAUAUAUUCUGUGUUUAAUACUAUUCAAAAGUAUUAAUGUAUGUAUUUUAUUUUUUUAUU